AUGGCUGUGGUGAACAACAUAAGGUUGCUAGGAGAACAGUUCAGUGAGGCAAGGAUCAUGGAGAAGGUGCUCUCAAUACUGCCUAAAAGAUAUGAGGCAAAAAUCUCAUCCCUGGAGGAUUCGAGAGAUCUUGCAAGCAUCUCCCUAACUGAUCUUAUUAAUGCCCUCUAUGCUCAAGAGCAAAGCAGAGCUAGCAGGAUGGAGGAGCACCAAGAAGGUGCUUUUCAAGCUAAGGCCAAAGCUGCCUCGAGCACCUCUUCCUACAAAGGCAAAAAGUACUGGAGAAGUAGGCCUAAGCCAAAUGCUGCAAGAAGAGGAGACCAACUCUAUAGAUAUUGUAAAAGGCCUGGUUAUCCAGAGGCCAAAUACUGGGUUUGCAAAGAAAUAAGUAGACCUGGGCAGAAUCAAUCACAACACAAGAAUGUUGAAACUCAAGUGGCUGAAGACAGUAGUGACCAUGACGAGCAAGUCUUUACUGUGACAUGCCUAGCUGGUCAGAACAAAGGCUCAAAAGGGUGGCUAUUGGACGGUGGUUGCACUAACCACAUGUCAUCAGUUUCAACCAUUUUUAAGACUUUGGACAGAAGCUGCAAAACCAAAGUGAAAGUUGGCAAUGGUCAGUUUAUCAAAGCUGAAGGGAAAGGGGAUGUGCUAAUAUGCACUUCCACAGGAGACAAGGUCAUCACAUAUGUGCUGCCGGUGCCUAAGAUUGACAGGAACCUUCUUAGCAUUGCUCAGCUGCUCGGUAAGGGUACUCAUUUGUGUUCAAGGGCCAGGAGUGCCAAAUUGUUGUUCCAAAUGGAUCAAGCCUCAUGA